AUGGAAAGUGAGAGGAACAUCUCGGAAUUUGUUCUUCUAGGACUUUCUUAUGACAAGAACAUACAAACUUUUUGCUUUGUGCUCUUCUUACUCUGUUAUGUUGCCCUCUUGGUAGGAAAUCUUGUGAUUCUCGUCUCCAUUCGCAGCAGUCCUCUUUUUGACCAACCAAUGUACUAUUUCCUCAUCCACUUGUCGACCAUGGACAUCUGCUAUACCUCCACUGUCACACCCAAGUUAAUUGCUGACCUGAUGGUGGAAAGAAAGACCAUUUCCUAUGAUAUCUGCAUGUUGCAGGUAUUUGCUGUGCACUUCUUUGGGGGCAUUGAGAUUUUCAUUCUUACUGCCAUGGCUUAUGAUCGCUAUGUUGCCAUCUGCAAACCUCUCCAAUACAUGAUUAUCAUGAACAGGACAAGAUGUGAUCUACUGGUUUUAGGUGCCUGGGUGGGUGGAGCUGCCCAUUCCUUUCCUCAAUUAUUUAUGGCAAUCCAUCUGCCUUUCUGUGGUCUUAAUGAAAUUGAUCACUAUUUUUGUGAUAUUCUCCCAAUCCUUAAAAUUGCCUGUACUGAUACUUACAUCACUGGCGUUCUUGUAAUUGCCAAUUCAGGGUUGGUUUCCCUGGUUACUUUUAUAGUCUUAUUUUGUUCUUAUGUUGUCAUAUUGCUCACCUUAAGAAAUCAGUCAGCAGAGGGAAGACGCAAAGCCCUCUCUACCUGUGCAUCUCAUAUCACUGUUGUCCUCUUAUUUUUUGGUCCUUCAAUUUUUGUCUACCUUAGACCUCCGACUACUUACUCUGAGGAUAAAGUAUUUGCACUAUUUUAUACUAUCAUUGCUCCCAUGUUCAAUCCCUUAAUCUAUACACUGAGAAAUACAGAGAUGAAAAAUGCCAUGAGAAAAGUUUGGUGUCAAACACUAUUUUCUAAGAAAGAAUACCAUUAA